CAACACACGAAACUGGGAUAAAAUAACCCGAGACGGAACUCUUUCCUACAGUAUUGUUGUUUUCGACGGAGUUAUAUAAACAGUGCACUCCUGAUGGAAUCGACCGAAGUUUUAAACCAGCUGUAAUCUUCGGGGAAGAUGCUUUGUCUGCGAUGGAACCUGUGGCUUCGACCUGCAGAUGCACUUUGUGUUUUCUCUCACCAGAGAGUUCACAAGCUGGCCUCGCUGCAAGACGCCAGAACGUUAUCACCAAAUAAAAUCAAAAGGUUGCUUUACCCCUUCACUGAUGUUGACGCCUACCUGGACAGCUCUGUGGAUAGAUCACAGUUCCAGCUUUUCCACCCCUCUGUGGAGGACAUUGGAUCAGCUGAGAAGCUUUUCUGCUCUUCACCAUCUCAUAAGAUUGAAUACUACAUGUCAGCAGAAAGGAUGGACCACGCACCCACACUGAGACAACCAGAGGUGUGUUUCAUUGGCCGAAGUAAUGUGGGCAAGUCUUCGCUUAUGAAAGCGCUCUUCUCCUUGUGUCCAAAUGUGGAAGUCAGAAUUUCCAAAAAGCCUGGUCAUACAAAAAAGAUGAACUUCUACAAAGUGGGCAAGGCUUUCACCCUUGUGGACAUGCCAGGUUAUGGACACAAAGCACCUCAAGAUUUUGUGGAAAUGGUGGAACCAUAUCUCCACGACAGAAAAAACCUGGUCAGGACUUUUUUAUUGGUUGAUGGCAGUGUUGGUCUUCAGAAGAUUGAUCGUAUUGCCCUCGAGAUGUGUGAGGAGAUGAGAUGUCCAUAUGUGAUGGUGGUGACGAAAAUUGAUAAAUGUGGCCGUGGUCCGUUAAUGACAAAUCUUUUGAAUUUCCAAGAUGUCCUUAAUACUCAGACCACAAGCUGCUACCCUCAACCAUUCCUGGUCAGCUCUCUCCAUUUUUCGGGAAUCUAUCUCCUGAGAUGCUUCAUUGCUCAUGUGACGGGAAAAAUCCAGUUAACAGACACCUCUACAGAUCCGGAUCAUUUAUUUGCAUGAACUGCUCUGAUUGGAUGAUUGAUGACCGGUGACAGACUGAUCAGCGCUGGUAGGCUAUUCAAUGAGACCCGGGAUCUAACAUUCUCCACAUGUGAUAUGACACAACUGUUUCAUCAGAUUUGGUAUCUGAACAUUUAGCUGUUUGGGAAACCUUUUUAGGAUUAAGUGUAUUUUUUCCUCCCUGUACUAUGCGAAGGUUUUUUAAAGCAUGUUUUACAUAUUUUUGGCCUUAAAUUAUGCAUUAUAUGCAGUAGCAGCUGCAUAUAACCAAUCAGAGUGUACUGUUCAGUAUCUUGUCCACUUAUUGGCUCAGCCUUAGGCAGCAUCCAGGCCUGCCUUUUAAUGUAAAGGUGACCAUGUGGCUGUUAUUUCAUGUAUCAUAAUGUUAAAACGGUAUUUAUACGUGUUUUUAAUGCUAAAUUUUUGAACAUUUUAAAUUUAAAAGGAUUACUUCCUACUUUGCAGAAUUUAAUUUUCCACAAUCUAGGCCCGAAACCAAUUAAUAAACAACGGUUCACCGUGUUUGUUAGUGAGUUGCAACAAAACAAUAUCCCUAAAUUUGCAAACACUUUAAUUUUUCUUUUUCUCCAAUGAUAAGUGUUAGUUUACAAGCAGGUUCUUAAAACUUUCUACGCAAAUAGAGGCCAUGAUAAUUAAAUACAUUUUGAAUUUGAUUACAUAUUUGAAAUAUAUGCAAAGACUUGUCAUAUCUUCUGAUAAAUUGUCCAAAGUGGAGAAACACAGCUUUAGGACAUAGUGCCAGCUUCAUACGUUGAAAAAUUCAUUCCAUAUAGUUAUUUGAUUGAUAACUUGAUGUUUAUUAUUAUUAAUGACUAUAAAAAAUGCACAAAUAUUUCCAUGGUGAUAAAACCAAAUUAUCAAAUAUCAAGUGCUGUGUUGUUUUUUUAUGUAUAGAGUGCCAGGUCGUGUGUAAUGGUGUUUACUUUCUGCUACCAUGACAAAUACAUCUAUUUACACUCGCCACACAUAUGUUAAAGAGCAAAUACAAUACAGAAUAUCAAAUUUGAUUAACAAAUUGCAUCAGUCAGUGUCAUGUAAAAUAGUAAAUUCACUAUUGAUGAUCGAUUAAACAAUAAAAAACUAAAAUAAUUAGGUAAGUCAGAUGUUGUUCUUGAUAAAACUUGGUUUACCGCCAUUGAAUGAAGGAUGAAAAUUAAAAAAGGUUCUUGGUGCGUCACUUCACCAUGCUUUUUUUCUGCCUUGUCUUCAAAACGUAUUGUACUUAGCUCACAUUCUCACAUCUGGCGUGUUUUUAAUGGAUCACAUACUUAAUAAAGCACUAUCAAUCUACUUUGCGUUAAAAGCAUUGUAUACGCCCUUGUUGUGCGCAGGUAAGCCUUAUAGAUGACACCUUAGAAGUGUAUGUGACAUGGCACAGGUACCACGUGUUUAUCACCGAUGAACCCUUCAAAUACAGUACGUCUGACAGGCUGUCGUAGUCUUUUGAGGACAGAGGGUUCACACAGUGCAUUGCUGUAUUAAAAUCAUAAAAAGUAAAUUUUAUAUGUGGUUCUUACACGUGCAUACAACGUGUAGUCUCUUUGGAGUAAAACAAGCCGCCACCCUUGAACCCAUAAAAAGCUCCAGCCAUUUGUACUUAAAAAAGAUAAUAAUUAUGUUUUUUCUGUAAAAUACUACUUAUUGAUGUGAAAAAUAUGUGAUGUUUCAUUUUACAUUUUUCAUAAUAAAUGUAUUCAUUUUUUGAAAA